CACAGCCUUGUUUGGGGACUCACAUGGGGCUGUGUUCUACACGUACUCGGUGUGCGAAGUUUUGUUGUAUUUUACUGAUAAGUAACUUUGAUUGAGUGAGUAACUGAUUGUUGCUAAUGUUCAAGUUGUGUUUACAAAAGUAAUUGAAACCAAAUAGGAGAACUUUUCGAGUUCCUAAGGUACCUGUAGUUGGUCACGUGUAGCACGCAAGGCGAUUCACCGCACAAGGCAGCCGCGAUGAAAAUCAUGAAGCGACCUAAUAUUCUUCUAACAGGCACACCUGGUGUAGGGAAGACUACCCUAGGAAAAGAGCUUGCCCAGAGGACAGGACUAACGUAUGUGAAUGUAGGGGACUUGGCCCGAGAAGGACAGUUGUUUGAUGGUUUUGAUGAGGAGUACCAGUGCCCAGUGUUGGAUGAGGACAGAGUGGUGGAUGAGCUUGAGGACAAGAUGGGGGGUGGAGGGAUGAUCGUGGACUAUCAUGGCUGCGACUUCUUCCCCGAACGCUGGUUCCAGAUUGUGUUUGUGCUCCGCACAGACAACACUAACCUCUAUAGUCGGCUGGAGGGAAGGGGUUACACUGGGAAAAAGCUGCUGGACAACGUCCAGUGUGAAAUCUUCCAGACCAUCUAUGAGGAGGCCAUGGAGGCCUACGAUGAGGAGAUUGUCCACCAGCUGCCCAGCAACGAACCUGAGGACCUGGAGCGCAAUCUGGAGCAGAUAGUCCAGUGGUUGGAACAGUGGAUGAAGGACAACAACUAGCAUGGACGCCAAACCCUAGAAAUGUAAACCGUGCAUGGCCGGAAACCUUCUUCAUGCUUCAUGUUUGGUGAACAAAAACUUCAAAAGCCUUUUAUUAACUCUGCAUCUCCAUCACAUUGUAGGAUUUGCAUAUAGAGGCUUUGGUUUUGGUUUGAGCACAACGCGUAUCACAUCUGGUCAAGUGAAUUGAUCUACUAAUCAUAGAUCAAAAAAGUUGUUGAACCGGGCGUGAUUGGUGUUAGGCUGCAACAAAAAUGUGACCCGGGUUUAAAUUUUACAUUUAAGGAAUAUUGCAAAAUUCUGACAAACAUAGCUGUUUUUCUGCAAUGCGUACCUGUUGAUUGGGAUAAUUUUGCUAAAGUGACUUAGCAUGCACUCGCAGAAUGCCUUCCUCCAAAUAGCACUUAGUGACAACAUUUCUAUCUAUGAUUUUAUUUGACUGGGUACUAGUAUUUUCCCUAAAAGAGAAAACACUAGUAAAAAAAGUUUUCUAGACAAAGAUAUGGACAACCACUCACGCACCAGUAAAGAACAAUUAUGGUUGUCAGAGACCCAGAGUGAUAAGAUGUUAACAUGGUCGCGCUUAAAGUGGCACCCUUUUUCCGAUAUAGUGAACUAUUUUUGACCAAUGCGAAGGUAGUGCAAUAUAAAGUAUAGGGUGCUAAUGGCUGUUUAAUACACUUUUUAUUUUAGAUGAGAUAAGGUUUAUCCAUACCUUCAUUGUUGGUUGAAGGCAAGAGCAGUUAGCAUGUUCAAGUACCAGUAGUACAAGAGCCUUUCAUGGACUAGCUAGAUCUCAUGUAACGCCACGUCAUCACAAGGUUAAGGCAGUGUUCUAGUCCAAAUGCAUGCAUCGCUAGAUCUCUUCUGAGGAAUCGUUUUGCCAAGGAUGGGGAAAAUCGAAUGCCUGUUAGUUAUAUGCAUGCUGCAUCGUCUUGAUCGACUAAACUAAACAAUCUUUGCAUUUAUUGCAUUCCAGUAGUUUAUACCCCCAAACAUGUCCCUAAACCUGUUCAAGUUUUUGUUAAAUGUUUUUUAGUUCAUAUUUUUUGUUAGUGUUUCUUUAUUCUGUUACCCCCAUAAUUUCUGUUAAACCUUGAUAGUGAUAUGGUCAUUGUAUUAAUAUCUCAACAACACUUAAUAUUGCCAGAAUUAUAUUUUUUUUGCCCCAAAGGUUUAGAUUCAUUUGUUAUAUUACCUUUCCAUAUUAUGACCAAGGCAACAGUUCUGAACUGUUACAAGUAAAAGAUGCAUGGAACAUUGCAUUUGGCCUCAUUGAGCUAAAGUAUUUCCAUGAAAUACUCCCAUGAAAUAGAGACAGUGGUAGUUUUGUAUGGCUAAAGCUUUAUACUGUACAAGGAUGGAAGGUGGAACCACAUAAUAAAGAAUAUAUAAAUGCAUCUAC